AUGCUAAACAGCACGAUUUUAUAUCCCAUGCAAAGCUCUUUCAAUCCUUAUGAGUGGCUAGAUGAAAAUAGCGAUGGCAACAGACCUUUCUGCUACAAACUUAUUCUCCCAUAUGCCAUCAUUAUUGCUAUUUUAUCACCGGUUACAGUGGUGGGCAAUUCGGUGAUUUUGGCGGCAAUUUGGAAGAAGACGUUUGUGAAGACACCAUUCCAUAUACUGCUUAGCGGAUUAGCGUUCACUGACUUAUGUACAGGACUCAUUGCCCAGCCACUAGUUGCCACUGUCAGCUUGAUGUACAUCGUCAGGAAAGAUCAUGAUUCGUUUACACUCAUCAUAGAUACAAUUGGCGUUAGUAGUGCCAUCUACUUUAUUGAAGUCACGGUUCUUCUCAUAACACUGAUGUCCAUUGAGCGUUGGCUGUACAUGUCUCGAAGAUCCCUGGUUACAUCGCAUCGUGGAUGUCUCACUGUUGUCACAAUAUUGAUCGUUCCGAUUCCUACCGUUGUUUUGCGGGUUUUAGCUAAUGAUAAACACAGCUACGACAAUAGGUUGAGGGUAGCAAUUAUUGCCACCAUGCUCACUUGCUAUCUCACCACGUCUUUUGCCUAUUUUAAAGUUUACCGAAUCAUUCGUCAUCACCAACAGCAAGUGCAAGCAAACGAAGCUUCGCAGAAUUAUGCUCAGCAAGCAAUAAACCUGGCAAAAUACAAGAAAUCUGUCACCACCAUGCUAUUUAUCAUAGCGUUACUUUCUUUUUGUUUCAUUCCUUUUGUAGUUUCUAGUGGAGUCAUAGUAAGUCUAGAAGAGAUGAGUUCAGAAAUAUAUAUCGCCGAUAGCGUGUCCACCAUACUCAUAUUUCUGUCGUCUUCGCUCAAUCCAGGCCUCUACCUGUGGAGAAUGAAGGAUAUUCGCCAUGGAGUGAAACAACUAUUGUGUUGGGGAACCUAG